UUCUAGCGGUUUUCACUGCCUUAAAUUCUAUGGAAGUGCUCGAUCAUGCCAGUCGCCAGAUUAUUCCAGAAUUUUUAAAUUGCUCCUUUUAAAGAAUCCAGCAAACAUACAUUUUUAUCAUAUUACAUUUAAAGGCAUUCCAUGGCUGACUCGACAGUUUUCAGUCCGUAUCCAACCAGACGGCAACGUUCACAUUCUUGUAACUAUGGACAAAAUAUUAUCGGGUGCCCAAGUAAGAACAUAGUUACAGUGGAACAACUAGUUCAAUGCCCUGCUAUCAUGGCUAACAUCGUUGACACUGUCCCCCACGAAAGCGCCGCGAGAAUCCUCUCGACAAUGCAGAAAUUGUGGAUUGCAGAUACUGUGCUGGAGCAGCUUACGAAGCUACAUUGUAAUGACAUCUGCGGAAUGGAUUUUCUGCCAAAUCACGUGUUGAUCAGCCGACACGGAGCAUUGCUGCAGAAACGAGGCCGAGUCCCAUCUCAUGACGGAAAUGUCGGCAAGCACCAUGAUAAAGCAGUGCGAGUUUUGCUCUACUCGGCACCGGAAGACAUUCGCCAUGAUAACAAAGACGGACGUUCGUCAGACGUUUGGAGUUUUGCGUGUUUGUGUCUAUAUGUUUUCAGUGGAAAAGACCCUGAGUUCUAUCAUCAACUAGCCAACGGCCAAAAACGCUUUUUAAAUCAGGUCAAGGGUGCAUUUGCCGCAAUAACAAUGAUGGUUGGAAAGGGAGAUUGUAUUCCAGAAUAUGCGAUGUGCUACCAAAACAGUCCCGCAAUGCAAGCGCUUUUUUGUCAAUGUUUCCAGUUUAUUGCUCUACAGAGACCUGGAGCAUUCCAGCUAAGACAGGACAUGGUUCUAGCCCAAAAAGAGGCAUUGCUGCAGUGCGGAAUGACAAAAAGCGGGAUGAAGACGGCCUCCCGUGGAUUAUAUCUGCCGUUGGAUGAUGAAUUUCCGCACUUAGCCUUGGAUGUGGUGAAAAAGACUGUCAAAUACAAGAGAUACAGCAGUCACAUCGGGAAAGAUUGCA